AUGUAUUACAUUUGUAUGGAGUUAUGUUCCGAUAGUCUACAGGAUAUUCUUAAACAUAAACCACAAGUAUUUGGUCGACAACCGGGAGAACCUAUAAAUGCAAUCGAGUUUUACAUUUCGUGUCAUAUAUUCAAAGAGAUCUUAGAAUGCGUCCAAUAUUUACAUGGAUUAGUUAAGCCGAUCAUCCAUCGGGACCUCAAACCCGAUAAUAUAUUGAUUGCACAACAGGUUAGGAACGGGAGGUUUAUCAAGUUAGGCGACUUUGGGUUGGCGUCAUAUCAUUCCAGUUACUAUGGAAAUCAUACCUCAUGGGUGGGAACACUUCAAUACAUGGCACCGGAAUUCCCCGGAGUUGAGUAUUUAUUCGGAAUAUGAAAUAUACGACAAAUUCAUUAAAUUGGAUCUAAUCUUAGAUUCAAUGUGUGUUGCAAUUUAUAAAACUAGACCCACUUGUAGUGAAGUAUUAUCGGAAUAUAACUUAUGGUCUAUUCAUAAGAAUUGCUUCCAAACUGAUCCCACAUUUGAUCCCACAUUAAAACUUAUUCAACAAAAUGAUUAUGUUUUUCACAAAAUAU